GUGGUCUCUGUUGUCUUCCUUCGUAGUCACCCGAAUCUGCCUACAAUUGAAUAUUCUCUGCUCGGUUUAUCCAUCAUUUGUUUUGAACGUCCCGAAUUUUCUGCUGAGCUUGCUGCAUGCAAGGCGAAAGAUGGCUUCUCUUACAUGACAAUAUGGCUGAGCGAGAUGUGCUUGGGUGCUAGUUUUAUUAUGUUGCCAAAGCGCCUUGGGAGAGGGAUCUGUGGGAUGACCUUGAAAUCUGGUUUAAAUAUUUAUCUGGAAGCUAUCUUUCACUGUAGUGUCUCUAUGUUGAAAGAUGUUUGUGAUGGUGAGUUGCUGUCGUGGAUUUUUGAAGUAUUUUGCGGUCAGUCAAUAGUUGGAACAAGCAGAGGAUUCUCUACACGUUGGUUGUGGAGGAGAAGAAUUGAG